CACAACAGAGUUAGAUUAGAACCUACAGACAGAGUUCUUGGUAACAGGAGCGCUGAGUGCUAGGUUUAAAAUAGAUGUCAUAUGAUGCCAAUUAUAACUCAGUAAAAAUUUGCAGCCCUAGGAGCCUAUGCUGAGAAGAAGCCAAAAUGGAAGAUGGUCCUGCAUUUUAUGGCUUUAAAAACAUUUUUCUGACACUGUUUGCAAUGUUUUUCUUUUUCAAGCUUUUAAUUAAAGUUUUCUUGGCUCUCCUAACCCAUUUCUACAUUGUCAAAGGAAACAGAAAAGAGGCAGCCAGGAUAGCAGAAGAGAUCUAUGGUGGACUGUCAGACUGCUGGGCUGACCGAUCCCCACUCCACGAGGCUGCAGCCCAGGGGCGCUUACUGGCUCUUAAAACUUUAAUUGCACAAGGUAUCAAUGUGAAUCUUGUGACAAUUAACCGGGUCUCUUCUCUCCAUGAGGCAUGUCUUGGUGGUCACGUGGCCUGUGCUAAGGCCUUGCUGGAAAAUGGUGCACAUGUCAAUGGAUUGACAGUCCAUGGGACCACUCCCCUCUUCAAUGCUUGCUGCAGUGGCAGUGCUGCGUGUGUCAAUGUGCUCUUGGAGUUUGGAGCCAAGGCCCAGCUUGAGGUCUACCUGGCUUCACCUAUCCAUGAAGCAGUAAAGAGAGGUCACAGAGAGUGCAUGGAGAUACUGCUGGCGAAUAAUGUUAACAUUGAGCAAGAGGUUCCUCAGUUGGGAACUCCCCUGUAUGUGGCCUGUACCUAUGAGAGAGUGGACUGUGUGAAGAAGCUUCUAGAACUAGGAGCCAGUGUUGACCAUGGCAGGUGGCUGGACACACCACUGCAUGCUGCAGCGAGGCAGUCCAGUGUGGAGGUCAUCAACCUGCUCACUGAGUACGGGGCUAACCUGAAACUUAGGAACUCGCAAGGCAAAAGCGCCCUUGAUCUUGCUGCUCCCAAAAGCAGUGUGGAGCAGGCGCUCCUGCUCCAUGAAGGUCCACCUGCGCUUUCUCAGCUCUGCCGCCUAUGUGUCCGGAAGUACUUGGGCCGUGCAUGUAAUCAAGCCAUCUGCCAGUUAGGGCUUCCAGAACCACUGGAAAAAUUCCUCUUGUAUCAAUAGUUGGAAAUAUGUAGAU